CUCUCUCCGCCAUUUCCAUUUCCAUUUCUAGAGAGAGAGAGAGAGGAUGUACGGAUUCACGAGCGUGGCGAAGGGUGAUCUGGAGGAGGGGACCCUCUAUCCAGGGCUCAGCUACGGCGAGAACGCGCUCCGAUGGGGAUUCAUCCGCAAGGUCUAUGGAAUCCUGGCCGUCCAGAUCCUCCUCACCACCAUCGUCUCAGCGGCCACCGUAUUGUACGCUCCGAUCAACGAGACGCUGACGGGGAGCCCGAACCUCACCCUCGGUGUUGCGAUCCUGCCCCUCUUCCUGUUGUGCCCCUUGUAUUCAUAUCGGCAGAGUCAUCCAUUGAAUUUUAUAUUCCUUGGACUGUUCACACUUUGCCUGAGCAUAAGCGUUGGAAUUGCCUGUGCUAACACAAAAGGAAGAAUUGUGCUUGAGGCAUUGAUUUUAACAUCAGCUGUGGUUUCUGCCUUGACUGGCUAUACUUUCUGGGCUGCAAAGAAGGGCAAGGACUUUAGCUAUCUUGGACCCGUUCUAUUUGCAGGACUUACUGUCCUUAUCCUGACUAGUUUUAUCCAGAUAUUCUUCCCACUCGGGCCUAUGUCAGUCGCCAUCUAUGGAGGACUGGGAGCCAUCCUUUUCGCUGCAUACCUCGUGUAUGACACAGACAACCUGAUCAAGCGCUACACAUAUGACGACUACAUCUGGGCGUCGGUUGCUCUCUAUCUGGAUAUCCUCAAUAUGUUCCUUCACCUGUUGCAGCUACUGAGGAGCUCCGAUGGGUAGAGUUGCACUCACCCUCCACUCCACUCAACAGUAUUCUUAUUCCUAUUAUUGACUUGUAAGUAGCACCAUCUACCUUUUAGAUGCUUGAAAUUGUAAACAAAGUCGAAUCGGGCCCCACGCAUCAAGACCUAAUCAGGUUUGUCAGUGUCAUGUGUGAGUGGAAAGACCAGACCUUCGCUGUCUGUUUGUGUAUGCUUAGUCUCCAGCUGUGAAAAGGAAACUUGUCCUUCGGAAAAGGAAUAUGUUGUUUCUAUAUGGAAUUGCUCCCCCUGUUUCAC